AUAUUAACGACGAUCGCAAGAAGCGGCCGCGAACCGCUUUCUCAGCUUCGCAGAUCAAAGCUUUGGAAACUGAAUUCGAGCGGGGCAAAUAUUUAUCGGUCGCUAAACGGACAGCACUGGCAAAGCAAUUACAUUUGACGGAAACUCAGAUCAAAAUCUGGUUUCAAAACCGCCGCACUAAAUGGAAACGUAAAUAUACUGCCGAUGUUGAAACACUCGCAUCUCACUAUUACGCUCAAUUAGGCAUUGGCGGCUUGGCGCGGCCAAUGGUGGUUGGCGACCGUCUUUGGCUUUUCAGUCAAAAUCCUGCGGGUCCUAAUCCUUUUCAGUCGAUCAUGUUAAAUGGCGGUGUGACAACUACACCAAUGGCACCGACAUUGCGACCUUACAACAACAAUACAUCGUCGAACACAUCUUCGUCAACGACACCGACCCUUAUGCCGCCAUUGCCUGUGAUUGAGAGUGCGAGGAACGCAAUCCUUGCAAGGGGUCAACCGUUAAACUUCGCUCUGCCUUACAGUUUAGCAGCCGCAGCAGUUGGAAAUACGACCUGCGCUAGCAAUAACAUUAGCAGCCAUCCACAGGUCGGCCUUUCUGCCGAGCAAUACAGGCCCUCGGGCGGUUUUGAAGAGCGUUUUAUGGAAUAUAACUCACUACCCAUGACGUCAGCUCCCGUUAAUAUGAGCUCGUACUGCCGGAAUGAAAAUGCCUUGACAAAUGCUGCGGUGACAGAUACUUACUUGGCAUUGAAGUACGCAACAUUGCCGUUAGAAGGAGAAAAUUCAACCUCGAACGGCCUGGCAGAGCUUGAGAGAGUUUUUGGCGAUGCUAACGCUAACUUCCUGCAAAAACGAAUAAACAACGCCACUAAUAUUGAAAGAGAGAAAAAUGGCUCGUCGCUCGGGACAAGAGAUCACUUGAUGCCAUCAAGAUCCGACUCAGAUUGUAGCGACAUAGACUGCGAACAAAUCGAUGAAGCUGAUGAGGUUUAGAUUAUGAGAAUAAUUCAUUAAAAGUUUCAAAGAGCUUAUAAAGUAUAUUUAUUUAUAGUGAUUGGUACUUAAAAAUACCUUAUUCAGUAAUAUUCAUUGCUAUACAAGAACUUGUUGUGGCACAAUAAAAUAAUUUAUACAUUUUUUUUUGCAAUAUUGCAACAAUUUUUUAUACAUAAGUAUGUAUGCAUAUUUAUCCGUUUUGUAUCCUUCGCACAAACACAUCGGCACCACGAUCCCCGUGCGCUUCCGUGAUUACGAACGUAGCUACAUAUUUGUACUGCUGUAUU